UUCUUCCGUCAGAGUUAUCUGCCCUUCAAUGUUGUUGGUUUUUGAUUUGGCAAGAUGGCGGCCGCAUGAAGAAAAAAACAGCCAGAAAUGAUGGUUUUCAGACUUAGAGUCCAGCUGCCCUGGAAACCAUGGCCAGUAAGAAGGUAGAUAUUAACACAGCUACUUUACAGGACUUUGCCCAGCUCUGUGGAAUAGGGGUCCGAAAGGCACAAGCUAUCAUCAAGUACAGAAAAGCUGUAGGGGGUUUCACCACAAUAUCUGACUUGAGUGACGUCCCAGGUCUGGGUUAUGGCAUCAUAGAACAGAGCAGGAACUGCCUGGUGUGUACGGUGGCGUCCAAGUGCAGGCUGCGGGCGGCUGCAAGGGGGAGGAAGUCAAGAAGCGAUGUAGAGACAGCAGAGAAUGAUGUUUCAAUUGAAUCCCCUCAACCCUCCACCAGUACCGGCCGGGCAUUGAGGUCUCGUCUCAUUGAGACCCCCAGCACAUCACAGUCAGAUGACAGCCUCACCCUCAGUCAUGGAAAGUUUGAUGGAGGCUCCCACUCGGAGGCAGUGAGGGUGAAGAAGGAAGUAGAGAAAGAUGAGGAGGAAGAAGAUGAAGAAGAGGAGGAUGACGAAGAAGAUUCAAGUCAUGAGGAAAAUGGGCCCCAGCUGUCUGAUGAUGAUGUGAGUAGUCCCACAGAAAUCGACUCAGCACCCCCCUCUCCACAGGAAAAUCGACGCCUACAACGAGUCCACCCCCCACGUUCACGGAUACCUGUACUUGUUGGCAAGAUGAAAAGAAAAAGCUAUGGUUGUAGAGAAGAAGUUUGGAUCCCUCCAUUUAAAAGACCUUGUCGAUCAGAUGACUUUGACAGUCAAAGUACAUUUGGAAAUUUAAAAAAGACUACAAUCAUUCCAUCCUAUGCUGGAGGUCAUCGUCCUAGAAUUCCAUCCAAAGAACACCCCCCUCCCAGACUCAUGGAGUGGCUACAAACAUUUCAGAUGUGGAGCAAUGCAGAGCGUCUGAUGGCAGUAGAUGAGCUGAUUCAGAUCUGUGAACCCACUCAGGUGCGACACAUGAUGCAGGUCAUCGAGCCUCAGUUCCAAAGGGACUUCAUCUCACUUCUUCCAAAAGAGUUGGCAUUAUACGUUCUAUCAUUCCUUGAGCCCAAAGCCCUGUUAAAGGCAGCCCAGACCUGUCGUUACUGGCGGGUCCUGGCGGAGGACAAUCUUCUGUGGAGGGAGAAGUGCAAGGAGGAGGGGAUCACAGAGACCCUGGUGUACGGCUCCAACCGUCUCCGGCGCCGCACGGGAAGUAGGAGUCCUUGGAAGGCCCUAUAUAUGAGGCAGCAUCAGAUCGAACAGAACUGGAGGGCAGCCGAACUCAGGAGUCCAAAGCUUUUGCGGGGACAUGAUGAUCAUGUGAUAACGUGUCUAGAGUUUUGUGGCUCUCGGGUGGUCAGUGGUUCUGAUGACAACACACUCAAAGUAUGGUCUGUCAUCACAGGCAAGUGCUUAAGGACCUUGGUGGGACACACAGGAGGGGUGUGGUCCUCUCAGAUGGAAGACAACAUCAUCAUAAGUGGCUCAACAGACCGGACACUCAAGGUGUGGAACGCGGACACGGGGCAGUGUAUCAACACACUGUAUGGCCACACCUCCACGGUCAGGUGUAUGCACCUCCACAAAAAUAUAGUUGUGAGUGGUUCUAGGGAUGCCACACUCAGAGUGUGGGACAUCCACAGUGGUGUUUGUAAACACGUGUUAAUGGGUCAUGUGGCGGCAGUGCGGUGUGUGCAAUAUGAUGGGAAACGGGUUGUCAGUGGUGCUUACGAUUACAUGGUGAAAGUGUGGGACCCAGAGACGGAGACUUGUAUCCACACUCUGCAGGGACACACCAACAGGGUCUACUCCUUACAGUUUGAUGGGGUUCACAUUGUGAGUGGAUCCUUGGACACCUCCAUUCGAGUGUGGGACGUGGAGUCGGGGAACUGUCUACACACGUUGAUUGGUCACCAGUCAUUGACCAGUGGACUCGAGCUGAAGGACAACAUACUGGUCUCAGGAAAUGCUGACUCAACAGUCAAAGUGUGGGACAUCACAACGGGCCAGUGCUUACAAACUCUACAAGGGCCAAACAAACACCAAAGUGCCGUCACAUGUCUGCAGUUCAACAAGAAGUUUGUGAUCACAUCAUCAGAUGACGGAACUGUUAAAAUCUGGGACUUAAAAUCGGGGGACUUUCUGAGGAACCUGGUCUCUCUGGACAGUGGGGGGAGUGGGGGGGUCGUGUGGAGAGUCAGGUGCAGUAACACCAAACUCGUGUGUGCGGUGGGCAGUCGAAACGGCACAGAGGAAACCAAACUGUUAGUCCUGGACUUUGAUGUAGAGGACAAAAAGACUUGAGUGUCUAUGUGUGUUUGUGUGUGUGUACUUGUGAUAAUCCCCCCAGUGCUUCAAGCAUUCGGUGUGUCGGUUUUUGAUGCAAUUACUUCUCACGGGUCAACAGUGCUUUAGCACACUAAUGAAACAUUUUGGGCAUAAUGCUAGAACUGUAUCACUUUGUAGACUAUGGUCAGUACAUCAUCAUAUUUUCAUCGU